CCCAAAACUACAAUCCAUUACCACCAUCAAAACAAGAUCACCUUCCCAAAGAAAAUCCCUGUUGAAUCAGUCUGGUACUGUAGAAAGGUUGAACAAGGAUAAGUAGGAGCUGAAAAGAAGGGAAUUCAACAGUGAGGAAUGGUGGGGCUUUUCUUUUGUGAUGAAUAGUGGUGGUGGUGAUGAUGAUGAUGAGACAAGGAAGUAAUUUGGGGGGCUCAAGGUGUCAAGAAUGUGGAAACCAAGCUAAGAAAGACUGUGUUUACAUGAGAUGCAGAACAUGCUGUAACAGUAAAGGAUUUCAGUGUCAAACACAUGUUAAGAGCACUUGGGUUCCCGCUUGUAGGCGGCGACAGAGGGCUCAAAAUCUUUUGCCUCGUCAACAGCAGCAGCUUCAAGGACACAACCCUAAAAGGCCCAGAGAAAAUCCCUCAACAGGUUUAGAAAUCGAGAAUUUUCCUGCUGAAGUGAACUCAACAGUCACAUUUCGUUGCUUUAGAGUGAGCUCCAUUGAUGAAUCAGUUGAUCAAUUUGCAUAUCAAACGAGUGUUAAUAUAGGAGGCCGUGUUUUCAAGGGAAUUCUCUACGAUCAAGGUCCUCAUGAAAGUCGUUAUUACUUUGGUGAAAGCUCUUCCAGACAACUUCAAGAGCCUAAUCUCCCAAGUGCAGAUGCCCUAACUCCUGGCGCUUUAGCUUCAACUUCAGGUGCUGCAGAAUCUCUUGCACACCCUUCAUAUCCGUUUCCCCUUACUGCUUCCAUGUCCGGUACGCAACUUUUCCUGCACCCAAAAUCUUAGGGCUCAUCAGUCUUAAUUUUUGUAGUUAUCAAAAAGAAGGGAAUUAAAAUGUUAAAAGGAUCGAUCCCCAACUUUUUUUGUCAAUCAUAAAUUGGAUUUUCCUCUCCUCUAUAUUACAAUAAAUAUCGCCACAUAUUCGUGGUUGUGGUUCUUCCUAUGAGUAUCCAUUGAACUAGAAAUGAAUAACUGGAGAUUUUGUUCUUUGUUCAAAUCUUAAUAUUUAUACAUAUAAUUUAAUGUUCAAUUAGUCUCAAAUAUUUUAA